AUGUCUGAUGCUAUCUUCACCCGCUCCGAAGUCUCCAUGCACUGUGGAGAGGAUGACUGUUGGAUUAUUGUUGGAAAUUAUGUAUACGACGUCACAAAGUUCGUCGAUCUCCACCCAGGAGGCCCAGAAAUUCUUCUCGAAUUUGCCGGAGGUGAUGCCACCGAUGCAUUCGAGUCAGUUGGACACUCGAUGUGUGCUCGUAUGAUGCUCACAAAGUUCAAGAUCGGAUCUCUUCCAGAAGAUGAGCGUCCAGAUUUCGUUCAAGCCGAAUACAUUACUCACGCCAAGAUCUCUCUCCCAAUGGCUCACUAA